AUGCGGAAAAUCUGUGCUUUGUGCUGCCUUUUAAUCCUCUUUCCAGGAUUUUAUGCAUUCCUUGAAGAGGAUCCAGAAGAAAAUUCUGAAACUGAACUCAUGAUUGGUCUUGUGGAAAUUGUUAAAUCUCUGGAUAUUAAAAGUCUUGUUAUUUUCUACCCAGAUGAAAAUUCCACCUAUGAUAUUAAUAAAUUCAUCAUAAAAGUGCACGAGAGGCAACUAAAAUCGGCAAUUUUCUUCAAUUCAGACGACUUUUUUAGUCACAUUGAGAGCUGCAUGGGGGACUCUCUUGAAACGACGAGUUUGAUUUUUUCUGAACCGAGUGAAAUUGUGCCUGAAAUUCAGUAUCGCGUUCUGGAUCAUCGUCUCAAUCUCUUCAUUUUCUACUGGGGAUCCCACAGUUUGCCCAGGAAGAAUUCCCUCAAUCUCAAGGAACCACUCAAAGUUGUAAUUCUGACCACGCCGAGGCCCAAUGUUUUAAGGAUCUACUACAACCAGGCCACUCCAGAUGGAAAGGGAAUCCUUGUUCUUGUUAAUUGGUACGAUGGCAACAGUUUAGGUCUCUUCAGAUUCCCCGUUCUACCGGAAAUAGCUCACGUUUACAGCGAUUUCGAUGGGAGAGUUCUAAUCAUCCCUGUUAUCCAUUCCCCUCCAUGGCACUUUGUGGUCUACCAAAAUGAAACCAUUGACAAUGAGACCUACUCAACGUUCCCCGUGGAGUAUGGGAAUAUGGAGUACGAGGAGACACCCUUAUUCAAAGUUGUGGGUGGUCGAGAUGAUAAUCUGCUGAAAUUGCUGGCAAAGAAGAUGAAUUUCACAUUCAAGUACAUCGAUCCACCUGAACGUACUCAGGGUUCAGCCAUUGGAUCCAGUGAUAAUUUAACAUUCUCCGGUGGAUUGGGGUUGCUGCAGAGGAGGGAAGCUAAUCUCCUUCUGGGCGACAUUGCCAUCACGAGUGAACGGAGUAAAGCUGUUGAGUUUUCAUUCUUCACCCUGGUUGAUUCGGGGGCUUUUGUAACGCACGCUCCACGUCGUCUUAGUGAAGCUCUGGCCCUUGUACGUCCCUUUCGGAUGAAUGUGUGGCCAGCACUGAUUCUCACUGUGAUAGCAUCGGGUCCUGUACUUUACCUGGUCAUAAUAGUGCCACAGUGGUGGCGGAAAUCCACGCGGAAAGUCAAAGAGAAUAAUUUCUUUCAUCACAUUGAUUACAUUGAUGAAAUGAAUUACGGUGUACCACGAAGACUUCGUCCUCUGAAACCCAUCGCAAAAAGGAGGAAAUUGCCACAGAAUCUACUCGAACGGUGCAUUUGGUUCACAAUUAAUUUAUUUCUGAAACAGAGUGCGUGCUUGCCAUACGGAGGAAAUCGCGCUAGAUUUGUCUCUCUAAUCCUCUGGCUCUCUGCAACGUACAUUUUGGGGGAUUUCUAUUCAGCACAGCUCACAUCGCAAUUGGCACGACCAGCACGGGAGGCACCGAUAAAUGAUUUGUAUCGAUUAGAAGCAGCAAUGAAGUGGAAGGGGUACGAAUUGUAUGUGGAACGACAAAGUGCUUCGUUGGCGAUUUUGGAGAAUGGCACGGAGAUAUUUCACCGGCUCCAUUCGAUGAUGAUGGCACAGAAUCGCAAAUCCAAUGAAUCAUACUUGAUAUCAUCCAUUGAGGAGGGGGUCUACAUGGUGAUGAUGAGCGAUAGGAAAGUUGUUCUCGGUGGGCGGGAAACCCUUUUCUUCAACAUGAAGCGCUAUGGUGUGAAAAAAUUUCAAUUAAGUGAAAAACUCUACACAAGAUAUUCAGCCGUUGCUGUGCCCAAUGGAUGUCCUUUCCUCGACAUCCUUAACAAUAUACUAAUUCGUUUAUUUGAGAGCGGAAUCCUGGAUCGUAUGACCAAUAAGGAAUACGAAAAGAUGUUUGAGUCAACAAAGAUAAAGACACCAAAGCAGGAAAUUGACAAAACAUCCCAGAAACCGGCAAAGAUUAAUUUCGAAGAGGAGCACAUUCUAAAGCCAGUCAGCCUUAAAUUACUCCAAGGAGCCUUCUACACCCUCCUCAUUGGCUACAUCCUUUCGGGAAUUGUUCUUCUACUUGAGUGCGAAUGGAAAAAACCACGGAGGAAUUAUAUAAAAUAUUUAAUUAAAUUUCUUCAGAAAAUUUGGUGCUACAUAAAGAAUAUUUCAUUGAAAUGUAUUACAUUCAUUGGUAGUGAAUUACAGGAUUGUUUCAAUGAAGAAGAUGAUUAA